AUGGACGACUCGAGCAAUCCUUCUCACACAACUGAAUUUUCUCUCGAAGCAGGAAACAAACGUGGAACUACUUCUACAAAAAAUAUUAACGACAAUCAUGGGUCAAUAUUCGAUGAGUUACAAUCUCCGGUUUGCGGCUCACUUUUUGAUUCUGACUCCGAAUCAUCCGAGGAUGAAGAACUAGAGCCAGUGUCAUACAUCCCUGAAUGUCCUUCCCAAAUGAAGCCACAUAUUGGCCAGGUUUUUCAUACCUUGGAUGAUGCUACAGUCUUCUAUAAUAAAUAUGCACGACAGUUUGAAGAGCGACAUAAUCACGAUAUGGUUCAAUUACGUCAUAAGCGAUUUAUGAGGCUCAAUCACAAUAUCGACCUUGUGCAUCAGAAAUUCAUAGCAGAUUGCGCAAGUGCAAAUAUCGGUCCCACGUUAACUUUUAAUCUGCUUAGCGAGGUCUUAGGUGGUUUGGAUUACGUCGGAUGCACCAUUGUCGAGGUUCGCAACUAUAGGCGUGAUCUAAGAGCAUAUGUGGAUAUUGCUGAUGCGCAAAUGGUAUUGAAUGAUAUGAAGCGGAAGAAUGAGAUAUGUUCGUCGUUCACCUACGACCUUGAGGUAUUGUAUGAUUUUUGCACCAUUCACGGGCAAAGACAAUCAUGGCAGCCCGUUACACUUGGUGCAGGAUUGUUAUCGAAAGAGAAUGCUCCUUCUUUCGAAUGGUUGUUCGAAAGGUUUGUUAAAUGCAUGGGCGUUGCUCCCAAAUUGAUCAUUACUGAUCAGGAUUUGGGAAUGAAGGUGGCUGUCAAUAGUGUUCUAGUUGAUACAAGACAUCGAUGGUGCAUGUGGCACAUCAUGUUUAAGGUCGUUGAAAAAUUGCCCAAGAAUCAGCUCCACAAUGAGGAUUUAAAGAAGGAGUUUAAUAAAUGUGUGUGGUUGGAGUUGAUAGAUCCUGAAGAAUUCAAAGAAACCUGGCAUGAAAUUAUGGAAAAAUACGGCCUUACAAACAACGAGUGGUUUGCGACAAUGUUUGCCAAUCGAAAAUUCUGGGUUCCAGCCUACUUCAGAGAUUUUCCAAUGAGUUCAUUGAUUAAGACCACCUCUGUAUCCGAGUCUCAGAACAGUUUCUUCAAGAGGUACACCAAGUCUCGAUGUAAUCUAGUCGAGUUUCUUAUGAAUUACAACAAUGCGUUGGAUGCCCAAAGGAGCAAUAGUAACAGGUUUGAAUAUCAUGACUCCAACACGACCCCAAUGUUGAAAACAAAUUCUGCACUUGAGAGGCACGCGUCAACAAUCUACAGUGACGGUGGGUUUAAGGCAACUCAGGAAGAGAUUGAGGUAGCAAUUGAUAUUUGCACCAUGGUAAAGACUUCAAUCGAGGAUGACACUGAAAUAUAUGUAAUCAAUGACAAGUUCUCUAAGGACUGGUCCGUGUCUUAUUCCGUCUCUGGCGAUUCAUAUGUAUUACGAAUCAAAAAAUCGAAGAUGGUUCCUGAUCACUUACAUGGAGGAAAUUGGUUGAAGUCUAAUUUUGUUAAGCCUGUUCAUUGUGGUUUUGUUGACGAUAUUGAAAAAGCUCUCAUUAUCGAUGUGGCAGCACAAGAAUGGAGGGAUAUGCAUGUAUCUAGUUGUGAUGCGCUUGUUGUUAAGGCAUUCAUGACUGAUUAUUGCAUUCAUCAAAGUUGA